AUGGAACAAUGCUGUAGCAAUGUAGCAUUUCCAAAAGUCGCAGAAGUUAAAGAUCCCAGCUCAGUCCGCAGGCCGACUCCAGUCUGGUUGAACAGGGGCGGGGUGACAGAGUACGUUGUCGACGAUGUCAGGGAGGGCCCAGUCCCCUUCCCUAUCGCCAUUGUGGGGAUGGGGAUGAGGCUUCCUGGUGGAGUAAGCUCGGGAAGUGAAUUCUGGGACUUUCUUGUCAACAAGCGUGAUGGCCUAUGUAGGGUCCCUGAAACGAGGUACAACGUCGAUGCAUUCUACGACGAGGCACGCGAAGGUGCUGUCCGGACAAAACAUGGCUACUUCUUAGAGCAAGAUAUCGCGCAACUAGACGUCGGGUUCUUCGGUAUAAGUAAACUUGAAGCGGAGAAGCUCGAUCCACAACAGAGACUACUGCUGGAAGUAGUCUGGGAAUGCAUGGAAAAUGCCGGCCAGACGAACUGGCAGGGUACAAAUAUUGGAUGCUUCGUUGGCGUCUUCGGGGAAGAUUGGCUGGAUCUCUUGAGUAAGGACACACAGCAACACGAUAGAUAUCGGGUCAUGAGCGCUGGUGAUUUUGCGCUGUCGAACCGGCUUUCAUACGAGUACGAUUUGACAGGGCCCAGUGUCACAGUCCGAACCGGUUGCUCGUCAUCCAUGGUUGGUUUACACGAAGCGUGCCAGGCAAUUUACACCGGGGAAUGUUCAUCUGCGAUUGUUGCCGGAACAAACCUUAUCAUGAGCCCGACCAUGACGACAACAAUGUCAGAAAACUUGGUUCUCUCAUCGAGCGGAAUCUGCAGAACAUUUGAUGCUGCAGCUGAUGGGUACGGAAGAGGCGAAGCAAUUAAUGCAGUCUAUAUCAAGCCUCUGGAUGAUGCAUUAGCCAAUGCCGACCCAAUACGAGCCAUUAUUCGCUCAACGGCGGUCAACUGUGACGGCAAAACACCCAGCAUCACCACCCCCGGCUCCAAAGCGCAAGAGAGGUUGGUUAGACGAGCGUAUAAAAAGGCCCACAUCGAAGGUGAUGAUAUUCAUAAGACUGCGUUUUUCGAAUGUCACGGAACAGGUACCAUAGCUGGAGAUACUGCGGAAACAACCGGCGUGGCCAACAUAUUUGGCGAGAAGGGAAUAUACAUUGGAGCCGUUAAGCCCAAUGUCGGUCACUCCGAAGGCGCGUCGGGAAUCACGAGCAUUAUCAAGUGCGUCUUGGCACUAGAGAACAAGAUCAUCCCUCCCAAUGUGCACUUCCAGACACCGAAUCCUAAGAUUCCUUUCGAGAGCGCCAAACUGCAAGUACCUGUAGAGCCAACACCAUGGCCGUCCGAUCGGAAGGAGAGGAUCAGCGUUAACUCUUUCGGCAUUGGGGGAACCAACGCUCAUGUUAUACUAGAUUCUGCAUCUUCCGUACUGCGAAAAACGAGUCCAGAAGCACAAUUGGUCUCCGAGCCAGAUUACCAGCUCUUGGUUCUCUCUGCAAAGGAAACGAAAUCGUUAGAUGGGCAAAUCGAAAGGAUUACAAGGUAUAUCGAAGCUAAUACAUCAUGUUUGAAGGAUUUAGCUUUCACCCUUGCGCGAAGACGAGAGCACCUGCCUUAUAGAGCCUUUGCUGUAACUGACAAGGAUGGGUCUCUUCCGACCUUUCAAAAAGCUCAAUCCACGGCUCCAUGCCCAGUAUUCGUAUUUAAUGGCCAGGGAGCCCAGUGGCCAACAAUGGGAAAGGAACUUAUGUGUAGAUUCCCAAAGUUCCGCGAAGAUAUCCACCGGAUGGACAAGAUCUUGACGGAGCUCAGGGAAGCGCCUCCCUGGAGUAUUGAAGAGGAACUUUCUAAAGAUGAGUCGAUUAGCCACGUGGGACAUGCUGAAUUCGCCCAACCCCUUUGCACAGCGAUUCAAAUUGCUCUCGUCAAUCUGCUUCGGGAGUGGGGCAUCGUCCCAUCGGUGGUGGUGGGCCACUCAAGUGGUGAAAUAGCUGCAGCAUAUGCUUCGGGAGCAAUAUCUGCUCGUGUAGCUAUUAUCCUGUCCUACUGCCGCGGCCAAGCGAUAAAGACUCUGUCCAUCAGCCAUUCUGGUGCAAUGGCCGCUGUUGGUAUGAGCCCAGACGCUGCUCGCGUGUUCUUGGAAGAAGGCGUGACUGUUGCAUGUGAAAACAGUCCAAUUAGUGUCACACUAUCAGGGGACAAGGAAGCCUUGGACCGUGUUCUCAUCAAGAUUCACAAUGAUGAUGAGAAUGUAAUGUGCAAGCAUCUUGCGGUGGAUGUUGCCUAUCAUUCUCACCAUAUGCGGGGUGCCAGACAAAUUUACGAGUCACUGAUAUCACCACAUAUAUGUCACAAUAGCUCCAUGGUUCCUCUUUAUUCGAGUGUAACUUCAACACCGAUUAUUGAAGCAAGCAAACUUGAUACCACGUAUUGGUCCCAGAACUUGUCAUCUCCCGUUUUGUUUAGGGCCGCAGUGCAAGGUAUCCUGGAUAACAACGGACCGGUAAAGUUAUUUCUGGAAAUUGGUCCGCACUCCACCCUUGCUGGUCCCCUGAGGCAAAUAUUCCAAGCACAAACUAGCAAAGAAAGAGCUGCAUUGUACGUUCCUACGUUGCGCAGAGGAACUGGAGAGUGGCAAAGCCUACUGGCCACGGCCGGCCAUAUAUUUACGCAUGGCAUUCCUAUUGACCUUAACGGCAUUAUUCCCAAUGGCGCGGCUCUACACGACCUCCCCCCUUAUACUUGGAAGCAUGGUGAGAGAUAUUGGAAUGAGUCACGUUUAGCAAACCAAUGGAGAUUACGUCAAGAGCCUCACCAUGAGCUUCUGGGCUCUAGGGUGCUUGAGUCAUCCAGCGUUGAACCGUCAUGGAGGAAUAUCCUGCAGAUAGACCAGGUUCCUUGGCUUGGAGACCAUAGGAUUGGUAAGGAUGUGGUUUUUCCCUGUGCAGGAUAUGUUGCAAUGGUGGGUGAAGCGAUUCGGCAAAUAACAGAGUCAACUGAAUAUUCAGUGAGGAACAUGUUUAUGCGCGCUGCGUUAACGCUAGAGACAUCUAGUGCAACGGAGAUUAUAACAACUCUUCGACCAGCAAGGCUUGCUGAUAAUAUUGAUUCCAUAUGGUAUGACUUUACAAUAUCUGCCUCUCAAAGCGCCAAGUGGAAAAAGCACUGUAUUGGUCAAGUGAGGCCCGCGUCAGAUCGGACCUUAAAGGCAAAAGAGAUCACACCAUAUCCUAGACUGGUCAGAUCUGAGAAGUGGUACAACGCUUUAGAGAGGCGUGGGUUAGAAUAUGGUCCUCAAUUCAGAGGACUUGAACAGAUCUCGGCCAGUCCGUCAAGUUAUCAAGCUGCUGCGAUGUUGCAGGAUGAUGAAAGCUUGUACGUGAGUCACUACUCGCUACACCCGACUAUUAUAGACGAGAGCCUUCAACUGCUCAGUGUGGCUGUAACCCAUGGCAUCCCUCGCCAAAUGACCCGUUUGGCAAUCCCGACGGCUAUCGGAGAGCUUUAUGUAGGUAUUGGAAGGGGGAAAAUGUCACUCGAUGUGUCCUGUGACGCCUCGGGAGGCAUGAUGCGUGGAAAUGCAAUGCUUGUCUCCAAGGACCAAGUGGUACUCUCCCUGCAGCAUGGCCUUUUCUUCAGCAUUCAAGAUCCUGAUAUAGGGAUUCGCAAGCUUCCGGUAGCUGCGACAAUUCACUGGGGUCCUCACAUCGACUUUGUCCCUGUUGGACAACAACUGUUUUCUUCAUCACCGAGCUUCUUGGAGGGUCGCCGUAGGGUUGUCAGGCUAGGUGGUCUUUAUGGCGUGGAAUGCUAUUAUCAGACGAGAUCCUUACAGCCCACACAGGCACAUUUGAAUAAAUGGUUAUCCUGGAUAACAACAAACUAUAGAUACAUGCGUGACAACGCAUCUGUGCUAGUGCCGGAGCUGAGAGACAUCUGUUCCCUGAACCCGGCGGAACGUGCUGCGGAGUUGGAGGGGCUUAAAUCCAUGCAGCCACAAGAUAUCGGUUACCCAUUUCAAGUCCUAUAUAGUCGGAUUCUCGGUUCAAUCCACAGGCUUUUUGGGGGCCAGCUGGAACCUAUUGAUCUUCUGGUAGAGGACGGUGCGCUCAAAUCCUUUUACGAGCAAUCUGCCAUGAUCGGUUCCUGGCACGAAUUUGCAUCCCUACUCGGGCAUUCCUAUCCGCAGCUACGGGUCCUUGAAGUAGGAGGUGGUACUGGCGCGGAUACCCUUAUUGCCUUGAAAGGCCUCACAUUGGACCACGUCAAUAGGCUAUAUUCUACAUAUACAUUUACAGAUAUAUCCCCUGGAUUCCUUCUAGAAGCAAAGGAAAAGUAUAAGUCUUAUCCGGCCAUGGAUUACGCUACCCUCGAUAUCAGCCGCGAUCCAGUUGAGCAAGGUUUCGAGCCUGAAAGUUAUGACCUGAUUAUUGCGGCUAAUGUGAUCCAUGCAACCCCGCGAAUUUCGGACACACUACGAAAUGUCCGUAGGUUGCUUGCUCCCGGUGGCCGUCUUUUACUGAUUGAACUGACCUGCACCAUCCCAAUAAUCGACCAUAUCAUGGGUAUCUUGCCGGGUUGGUGGCUGGGUGAGGGCGACGGGCGAGAAGAACGGCCAUAUGUCUCCGUGGACAAAUGGCAUGAUAAGCUGGUAGAAGCUGGAUUUACGGGUGUGGAGGCUUUCAGGUAUGAUCAUGAACCGCCGUAUCAACUGAAUGCACAUAUCUUGGCCAGGGUGCCUGCUGCCACGUCACCCGAGAAAGGAGAGGUCUCUCUUCUUUAUCGUACUGUCAUUCACGACUGGGCCCGGGAUCUCGCGAGAGACCUUGCAAAGGCGGGGUACUCAGUUCGCUGGUGCACACUAAAGCAAGUACCGUCACCCGGUGCAAACAUAAUCUCGGUGAUUGACCUUGAGGGCCCCUUUUUCCAUGAGCUCACGCCAGCCGACUUCGAGAGCUUCCAAUCGUAUGUUUCGCGUUUGGGAGAUGGUCAUCUGCUAUGGGUCACACGAUUUGUUCAAAUGGAGUGCGACGAUCCUAGAUAUGCGUUAGUUCUGGGCCUAGCCCGGACUAUUCGACAUGAGAUUAUGCCUCAAUUUGCUACCAUCGAAAUCGACCAAGUAGACAGGGUCUCCCUCCAACCUGUGGUUCAGGUGUUUGAGCGACUUUUGUCUCAGCUGGAUGAUCCUAGUGCGGCACCGGAAUAUGAAUUCGCUGUCCGGGAGGGAAGUGUACACGCUCCGCGGUUCCAGUGGAAUUCGUUUGAGGAGCAAGUCGAGGCAGGCGAGAGCCUAGCCCCGAAAGUACUGGAUAUUGAAGCUUACGCAAUGCUUGAUUCCCUGACGUGGACUUGUGCAGAGAUAUCGCCAAAUGACUUGGAGAAGGAGGAGCUUGAAGUUGAUAUAAAAUAUGUUGGCCUUAACUUUAGGGACCUGAUGGUAGUUAUGGGCGUCAUGGGGGAUAUGACCCAGGUCGGCUUGGAAGCUAGUGGAAUUGUGCGACGAGUGGGAUCUGCUGUCAACCAAUUUUCACCCGGUGAUAGAAUCAUGGUCUCUCAGCUUGGCCUCAUGUGCACUCGAAAAGUGGUACGAGCAGAACGAUGUCUUCCAAUUCCGGACAAUAUUUCGCUGGAAGGUGCUGCCACGAUACUUUGUGUCUAUGGUACUGUAGUCUACUCUCUUAUAAACGCCGGCAGCCUCAAGCGAGGGCAAUCAGUGCUGAUACAUUCUGCAUGUGGUGGGGUGGGGCUUGGUGCGGUACAGCUAUGUCAGCUAAUCGGCGCUGUCAUCUACGCGACUGUUGGCAGUGAUGAGAAAGCUCGGCAUCUCAUAGACAACUUCAACAUUCCCGCUGAUCAUAUAUUUGACUCUAGAAGUUCGUCUUUCCUGCAAGGCGUAUUACACAAGACCGAUGGCCACGGUGUCGAUUUGGUCCUCAACUCUUUGUCGGGUGACCUGCUCCAUGCAUCUUGGCAAUGCGUUGCGAAGUUCGGCAAAAUGGUCGAACUUGGGAAAAGAGACUUUCUGGGACACGGCCUUUUGGAGAUGGACAGGUUCCUUGAUAAUCGCUCUUUUAUUGGAAUUGACCUCCUCCAGCUCAUUGACGGAGAUAUUGGAGCUCUACACGAAAUGAUUGGACGUGUCAUGGAAUACUUUCAAGAAGGCAAGGCGGGCCCCAUCAGCCCAGUUACUGUAUUCGAUGCUGUCAAUGUAGUAAAGGCCUUCCGGUAUAUGCAAAGCGGACAGCACAUGGGGAAGAUUGUCGUCAAAAUGCCAGACCUUCCAUCGACGCUUCCAGUUGCUCGCAUUCACGAAAUGGUCGCAUAUUUCCCGGCAAACGCAUCGUACCUUCUCGUCGGUGGUCUUGGAGGCCUCGGCCGUGCUGUUGCUACCUGGAUGGUUGAAAAGGGAGCUAGACAUCUAGUCUUCCUUUCACGUACUGGUCCAAAUACCCUCGAAAGUAGCUCUUUUAUAAAGACCUUAGAAUGCCAGGGCUGUGAUGCGACUACUGUUGUGGGGAAUGUAGGAGACAUUGACGACGUUCGGCGUGCAGUUUUUGCGGCCAAAACACCAAUUGCAGGAGUCAUUCAACUGUCAAUGGUUUUAAAGGAUCAAAAUUUACACUAUAUGGUUCACGAAGAAUGGGUGGCCGCAUUGUAUCCAAAGGUUAAAGGAACAUGGAACCUUCAUCACGUGCUGAAGGAUAAACCAUUAGACUUCUUCCUUCUUAUCAGUUCAAUGGCUGGCAUUAUUGGCUGGCCUGGCCAAGCCAACUAUGGCGCUGCAAAUACCUUUUUAGACGCUUUUGUGAAAUAUCGCCAGUCACUGCACUUGCCGGCUCAUGCAAUUGACCUCGGCCUUAUGGGGGACAUUGGCUACGCGUCAGAGGCCUCGCUCGUACCGUCGUUGGAAGCGUCGCAAUCAAAUUCAGUACGAGUGCUAGACGAGCGGCAAUUCCUUCGAGCAGUCGAGGUUGCGGUAUUAGCGCAACGAUUUCAUUGCCCAAAUCAGGUCGCUGUGGGACUCGGAACUACGCGGGCUCUAUCUUCCGCAGACUUUGCUGCAGACUGGAUGAAAGAGGCGCGGUUUGGUAUAUGGAAGAACAUAAUUGCUACCAUGGAACAACCUACAAAGGGCUCCAGGGCUGACGAGCUUAGGGAGCACAUGGAAGCCAUCAAGAACAACCCGUCACUGUUAGAUCAACCAGAGGUGGAGGAGAGGAUUGUCUUUGAACUUGGAAGAUUAAUCGCGUCCUACACGUCGCGACCGGAAGAUAUCACUCUAGAGGAAUUAUCCGAUAUUCCAAUUGAUUCAUUGAUGACAUUCGAGAUUCGCACUUGGUUUCGCCGCCAUGCUGGAAUUGAGAUUACGCUAGUAGAGGUCUCAAACUCAGGGACUGUCGGUGGGCUGGGUAAGAUUGCUGUUCAGAAGCUCCGCGACAAGCACACGCGCAAGAAUCACAAAGGCAGUGAAGGCCAAGGUGAUGACUCGGACGGGGCCGAGGAAGAGCCAAGUUACCAUGAUGACUUGACGCUUGGUCAAACAAUGCGACCGAUUUCUAGCAACAUACCAGAUUGGACCUCUGAUUCUGAGGGAAAUGUCUUCUUUACUGGUGCAACUGGAUUCCUUGGUGUCUUUCUACUGUCGGAGCUUAUCGCCUUAUCAGAGGUCAAGCAAAUUGCAUGUCUAGUUCGGGCAAAUACGUCAGACAUGGGCCAUACAAGGAUCAGACAAACCUUCGCCAAGUACGGGCUUCCAGUAGACUUCAGAUCCAAGGUUAUCGCAAUACCUGGGGAUGUGGCCAAGAAGAACCUCGGUCUACGACCAGAAACCUUCAGUCACUUGGCGCAGUGGUCCAGUGUGAUCUUUCAUUUUGUAGGAUAUGCCAAUUACACCUUGCCAUACUCCGUUCACAGGGGUCCGAAUGUCCUUGGGCUUCUCGAAACCCUUCGGCUUGCCAAUACCGAGCGAUUGAAGCCUAUCCAUUAUUGCUCUAGUAUCUCCGCGUGCGGUAUCACCGAAAACCUCAUUGGCCCCGUCCCUGAGGAUGUCCGGCCCCGCGUCGAGUCUCAGAAUGUGGCACAAAGUAUUGGCUAUACGCAAAGCAAGUUUGUCGCUGAAAGUAUUGUUUGGGACGCCAUUGAGAAUGGUUUCCCUAUAGCCAUAUACCGACCAUCAAUUGUUACUGGCCACAGCCGCACAGGCGCGUGUAAGAAGGAGGAUAUUAUCAACAGACUCAUGGCUAACAGUAUUCGGCUCGGGUGUUAUCCUCAUCCACCACAGCAGAGGUUUCAUUGUAUACCGGUAGACUUUGCUUGUUCAGCGAUAUCCCGGAUCUCAUUAAACGGAGCUAGCCUCGGCCAUGCUUUCAAUAUCACUCAGCCAGACCAAGACAAGGUCUUAACCCUUGGGCAGGUCUAUAAUAUCUUGAGCGAGUAUUCCCCUACCCCUCUAAUCUCCAUUCCUACCGCCGAAUGGAUGAAGAAAUUCACCAAGAAACGAGAUUCACAAAUCCAAGUAUCCAGUUCUAUUCUAGCGGAGAGACUAGCCGAUCACAGGAUUUGGUGGGAUGAUUGGGAGUAUAUGGCUGCGUAUGGCACGGAAAACCUCCGCCGAGCGAUGGCCGAUCACCCAGACAUCAUCGACCUCAAGCCUGUCCCUGAGUUGCUCAAGGUGUAUUACGACUUUUGGUCGAGAGUUGAUUGA